AGGCCAUAGUCAUAUCGCUGAAUCGACGCUGAAUCGCCAUGGCCCCCAAACGUCGCGGAGCCGCUCCGAAGAACUCGUCCACCACUGCAGAGGUGCCGACGAUGGCAACGCCCUACGGUGCCAACUUUGUGCGGCAGGACAUGCGGCGGCGCAAAAAGACUUGCGCCAGUAAGGGGGCGAAAUCGAAGAGAUUGAACCAGAUCUAUGAUAAGGGUGGCAGGAUGAAACGGAAGUAUAGCAAGGCGCCCGAGCCGAUCACUGCAGCGCCGACCUCGCGGAAACAGGAACGAGCUCAGCGGCAUCAACAUCAGACCUUGGCGGCAAUCAGAAGUAGUUCGCUGCUGAAGAUUAAAACCAAAACCGAGCCCAGGAGUUUUUCUGACGCUUUGACUCCAGAGCUUUUGGCGACGCUUCAGGAGGAAGCAGAUGAUUUGGCAGACUUCCGACCACCAGAUGAAGGUGAGACAGAGCAGGAGCCACCCCAGCCAGAGAGCUGUUGUCCUGAGGAAUUGACCCGAGUUCUUCGCGAGGUCUUUGGGCACGAGUCCUUUAGACCCGGACAGAUGGAGGCGGUACUUGCCGUGCUGGAUCUCAAGCGCACUUUGUUGCUACUGGCGACAGGCUCUGGCAAAUCCUUGUGCUAUCAGCUGCCAGCCUAUUUGCUCCGGGAAGAAGGCUUGACCUUAGUAGUGUCCCCAUUGGUCUCGCUGAUGGCUGACCAACUGGCACGACUGCCCAAAUGUUUGCGUGGUGCUGUCUGCAGCGGCCAGCAAAGUCGCGAGACUGCGCGCGAGGUCAUGAAGGCGGUUCGUGCGCGCUUGGUGGAUGUGCUUUUUGUUUCGCCCGAAAGGCUUGGAAUGUGGUCCUUCGAUGGAUGUGGCAUGCCUCCCAUCGCCUUGGCCUGCAUCGACGAGGCCCACUGUGUUUCAGAGUGGUCGCACAACUUUCGGCCCGAGUAUCUACGCCUCAACGAGUACUUGCAGGGAGCUUUGAACGCCAAACGUGUCCUAGCUCUCACUGCGACCGCCACCAAACCUACCGUGCAGUCAGUGUGCGACAUCUUGAACUUGGACUUCGUGGUUCGCCGCGAUCGCAGCUUCUGUGUUGCUGAGCUGCUGGCAGAUGCGGCACAGCUGCGGGUGCAGCGGCAAAACAUCACCAUGGACGUGCGCACGCUGCCGGAUUCAGAUAUGCAGACCCGAGAGCUGAUCAAAGUCAUCCGGAACGAGGUGCAGCCCACGGAGAGCGUGGUGAUCUACGUCUGGCGCAAGCUGACGGCCGAUCAGCUGGCGAAGCAGCUGCGGCCCUACGUCAAAGGAGGAGUAUCAGCCUACCACGGUGAUAUGCUGGCAGACGCGCGGUCUGCAGUGCAGGCCAACUUUAUGUCAGGGAAGCUGAAGGUGGUGGUGGCCACGGUAGCCUUUGGGAUGGGCUUGGACAAACCGGAUAUCCGUCUAGUGGUGCACUAUGGCAUCCCCAAGAGUAUCGAGAAUUACAUCCAAGAAACCGGACGCUGUGCCCGAGACGGCCAGCCUGGCAAGUGUGUGGCGCUGGUGUCGCCCAAGGACUACCAGAUGAUGCGUUGGUUGGAGAGCGGUGGCGCCGGGGGCGGCACCAAGGUACCCCUGGUGCGGAAGCUGCUGAUGGCGCUGCUGCGAGAGGACUCGCAGGCGUAUCCACAUCAUCCGCUGUCCAAAGAUGCCUUGCUCUUGGCUGGGGGAAAAGAAGAGGAUCUGCCCAAAGGCUGGCAGCCGUACUGUCUCUCCUUGGACCAAAAACUUGUGGCCAAAGAGAUGAAUUGUUCCACGGAUGAGCUGCACUCGGUGCUGGCGCAUUUGUGUAGGCAUGCGGCGGGCUACGUCUCGCUGCUGUCAGCCUUCCCCACGAAGCUGAAGCUCCGCUUCUUCAAAAGCGACCCGCAGCAGCUGGCGGAGGUGGAUCCCCUGCUGCGGCAGGUGCUGCCGUUGACCAAAAAGGUGGGACCCGUGCACAGCCUGGACACCGCCAAGGCCAUCGCAGCCAUGGGUGGUACAGCGGGACAGCUGUCCAAUGGCUUGUGGCAAGCACGUGGAGAUGAGUUCAGUGUGGAGAAAGCGGACUUCGGCUACAUGGUGUCAGUACUGAAACCCGUGAGCGAAAGUCAACUCGAGGAGUGGGCUGCGGAGAUUAGUAGCAUCAACGUUCGCGCGCGGGCCUCAGCUGUGGAGAAGUUGGACGCCGCCUUCAUUGCCUUGACACGGGCUGCAGAGGCGCGUGAACGACAGCAGGUCUCUGAUCCUGACAGCACAGAACCGGCCUCCAACAGCACCCUGAACAGCCUCAUCGAUGCCUAUUUUGCGGCCACCGUGGAGCCCAGCACGGUGGUGGCGGGCAGUGGCAUGGAGAAACGCAAGCGCCUGGAGGGAGCCUUAGGAGAUCAGUACACCGUGGCAUCCCAGGCCCGUCCGCGGCCAGAGCCCACGACGACGCCGCCAGAGCCGGCCCUGGCUCCGCCGGCCGCGGCGGUGGUGCAGGCCACGGUGGCGCGGCUGCUGAUGGAUCCCGAAUGGCCGGAGCUUCCGUGCGAUGAACUCGAGUCGAUCGUUCAAGCAGUGGCGCAGUUUCUGGCAGGUGUGGGCUCGGUGGUGUUGCCUGGAAAGAAGUGGAACCAGCACCACUUCUGGUGCCGUUUCCGCAACAUGGGCGACUUCCAGAGCCUUGAGGAGCAAGUUCGAUCUGCAGUGCGGAGCUCGCUUCCGGAGAUUCAGAAGCACAAGCAGCGUCGUCUUGACUCGGGCGCGAUUCCGAUCGCGUAGGUAACAUAUUCCUUCCAGGAGAAGUUAAAGUAUGACGAUAGCAAUGAGUACUCUCGUGAAAUCUUACCUGUUGAAAGUAUUUUUAUUUUUUUUAUUUUUUUUGCUAUGUUAGUGUUUGUGUUUUGGGGCUGA